AUGUUAUCAUCCAAGCACCUUCCCAUUGGAGCGAAGUUGGCCUUCUUCCAGGAUCCUAUCGAUAAGUCUGAACCUUUCAACUAUGUGGAAGAUCCACCAGAAGGAGAGCCUCGUCGGAAUUACGGCGACAACUUUCAGACGGUCGCGAUAUCUGAUAUUCGGGGAAAUGAACAUCAUUUCUCACUAGAUCGCGACGCAUUCGAAAUAGUGGGUGGGAUUGAAUCAUCCUCCAGUUAUGAGACAUUCGAUAGCGACGAAGAGAUCCGGCGGCUUUACUAUCCGGAAGUUGAAAAUUUGCUCUUGAAAUAUGUCCCUGACGCUAAAUCCAUUGUUCUCUUCGAUUAUACUAUCCGACGAUCGAAUCCCAAUGCCGCACGCCGGCCAGUCAAUCAAGUCCAUGCUGAUCAAACAGCACGAUCUGCGGAGCUAAGAGUACGCCGACAUGCGUCAAAUGCGUCACAGGCAGAAGAAUAUCUACGAGGUCGCUACAGAAUCAUCAAUGUUUGGCGGCCCAUCAACGGCAAAGUGGAAUCGUCACCUUUGGCAUUUGCUUCUGCAUCUACUACACCGGAAUCGGACUAUGUGAAGAUUGAGCAUCGCUAUCCAUCCUUCAAUGGGGAGAUCCUGGGGGUGAAAUAUAAUCCUAAUGCAGAGUGGAAGUAUUGUUCCGGAUUGGACAAUCAUGAGCGAGUUCUCCUCAAAUGCUUUGACAGUCAGACCGGAGUGGCAAAGAGAGUGGCGCAUACGGCAUUUUCGUAUCCCCCCGAGGGAACUGUUGUGAAGGGGAGGGAAAGCAUUGAAGUUAGGGCAUUAGUUUUCGGGUGA